GGCGUGAAUGCCUGGUCUGCAGUUACUCAGGAGCUUGUCUUGUAACUUCCAGAUCAUGACACCUUUGAUCCUGUGUGGCUAGCUGCUUUCCUGAUGAUCAGCAAACCUCAGAAAACCCAGAACUUCAGGCUCCGAAACAGGAUCUAGAUUCAGCUCUUCAAACCCCAGAACCCAGACCCCACCUGAGGACGUGAACCACUGAUGGGCUGGGACGAGGCCAAGUUCAAGCACUUGGGACUGUGGGUCCCUGUGCUGGCUGUCCUCCUGCUAGGAACCUGCCGGGCGCAUCCCAUUCCAGACUCCAGCCCCCUCCUCCAGUUUGGGGGCCAAGUCCGCCAGCGGUACCUCUACACGGAUGAUGCCCAGGAGACAGAGGCCCACCUGGAGAUCAGGGCCGAUGGCACAGUGGUGGGGACAGCCCGCCAGAGCCCCGAAAGUCUCUUGGAGCUGAAAGCCCUGAAGCCAGGCGUCAUUCAGAUCUUGGGAGUUAAAACAUCCAGGUUUCUCUGCCAGGGGCCAGAUGGGAAGCUGUACGGAUCGCUGCACUUUGACCCCAAAGCCUGCAGCUUUCGGGAGCUGCUUCUUGAAGAUGGAUACAACGUCUACCAGUCGGAGACCCUGGGCCUUCCACUCCGCCUGCCCCCUCAGCGCUCGUCCAACCGGGACCCGGCCCCGCGGGGACCUGCUCGCUUCCUUCCAUUGCCGGGCCUGCCCGCGGCGCCCCCGGAUCCUCCAGGGAUCUUGGCGCCCGAGCCUCCCGACGUGGGCUCCUCGGAUCCCCUGAGUAUGGUGGGACCCUCGUAUGGCCGAAGCCCCAGCUACACUUCUUGAAGACGUCCGCUGUGUAGUACUGGGUCUCCUCUUUAUUUAUGGCAUUAUUUAUCUUAUUUAUUUUUUUAUUUUUCUUACUUCAGAUAAUAAAGAGUCUGAGAGGAGGA